AUGGCUGCUGUGCUACAAUUGUGGAAAAUUGGAAAACCCGCGUGUGUGUAUUUGUGUGUGUGCAAAACGAACAAUAGAAAACCAGAUAGAAAAUCACAAGCAGAGAAAACAAUCAACGAAACACACACAGCAAACAGCAAAACAGCAAAGCAGAGCAAAAGCAAAAGCCAACUAUAAUUUUGGGAUAUUUAUUUGUAUGCUUGGCUUACGAUGAAAAUUCAUCGAAGCAAUGAAUCAUUUUGCUGUUGCUGGUUGUUGUUUUUGGUGGCAUUGUUGGUGGCUGAGGCAGCAGCAGCAACAUCGACGACGACAGUAAGUGAAACGCAGACGAAUGCAACAAAUGGUGCAAUUAGACAGCCAGCAGUGGCAGUGGCAGCGGGAGCGGUAGCGGGAGCAGAGGGAGGCAGAGAGCCUAGGCAACUUCAACUGGGAGUGCAACAAAAUGCGACAGCAGCAGCAGCAACAGCCGCCGUCGGUGACGGGGAAAGCCGAAAUUCAGCGGAAAUUUUAAGCCCCAGCGAUGUGGAUGCUGUCGGCGAUAAGCCGACCACCUAUCGACCCUCGGGUGCUAGUCGGCCAUCGAUUGCGCCGCCCCUCAACUCGGCGCAGGAUCGGGAGCGCAAGCUGAUGAAUGUGCUGGCCGCGAGGCGUACGGCGCUGCAUCGCGGUGGCUUCCGCAGCCGCAUCGGCGGCACCACGGGACGCAGUGGAAUAUCGCAAGCCGGGGCGGCGGCGGCUGCUGCUGCGGUGGAGAGCACCUCAAAGUCGCCGAGCGAUCCGCGGUCCGUGUGCAUCAGGAAUUGCACCAAGAACUUUACGCGCCGCACCACCGCCAGCUGCAUGCGGCAGUGCGCCAACUUCACCCGCAUGGCCAUGGCGGGCACCAUGGAGCAGCGAUCGGGCGGCAACAGUUCCGCAGUGCCCAAGGGAUCCCACACGAAAGUGGGUGGCGGUGGAGCGGCGUCAGGUGGCGCCGGGGAUCGCGACACCAACGAGAUCCUCUUCAGCGAUGAGUCCUCCCACGGCCUCUUUGUGGUGGCCAAGGAGCAGAACGACACGCUGAACCACAUUGCGGAUGGCACCAAGUCUCCCGUGGUGGGCAAGGCUUUGCGUGGCAAGGCCACGUCCACAUCCAUGGAGCAGCAGCAGCAGGAGCAGGAGCAGGACGAAGAUGAGGAAGAUGACGAGCUGAAGCCGUACGUUUAUUUCGGUGCCAAACUGCCGCCAAUUAGACCCGCUGGCCUGACCAUCAAGGCAGCCGAAGGGGAUGACGAGCAUCCGCGUGUGCUGGAAGUUUCAGUGGCGCAGAGCACCCCCAGCGCCACGCUGACAGCGAGCAGCACAUCCAUGCCGUUGGCUGCCACUGCCAGCAGACCCACAGUCUCCACGCGACGUCCCCUGACCGCUGUGGAGCGCAGUCGCAGCCGCUACAAAUAUCACAUGCGGGAACGAGGCAUAGCCCCAGCUGACCCCCCACCACCGCCAUCCACCGCUGUGAUUGCAACGCCAGUGAGCAGCCGCACGCGAUAUGUGGGCUCGGGUCGACCCACAGCGGGACUGCAGACCGAAACGGAGCUGGCCAAGGCACCUGUGAUGGUGCGUCGGGUGGUGGGGCCCAAGGCACCGCCGCACCCUUCUUCCUCCACGCCGCUCAUCAUCACAGUGCUGAGUGCGGAGGAGGAUACAACAUUGGGGCAGGCAGAACUACAGACAGAGGCCACAACCAGCAGCACAAGCAGCCCAACAACAGCGAAGCCCACAAAAACGAGCACCACGAGCACAACAACCACCCAAGCACCAAUUAGCAGCAGCACCACCAGGAGAACAACCACAAAAUCUCCAAGCGCAACCACAGAAAAAAGUACAACAACCAGCACCACAACCAUCCGUUCUGUCAUUCCAACCACCCCGAAGCGAAAGAGCAUCAUCGAGAAGGACACGGAGCUGAUACGCGCCCUGGGUCCAGCGCUAACCCAAGAGAUCAACAUCGAGGAUCAGAACAAUCUGAUUAUAUUCUGCAACAACACCUCCGACUGUGGCGCCACGCCGCGCACCACCCACACACAGCUGUCGCACACCACCGACUCCAGCUCGAGGAUACUGCGCACCACAGUGCUGACCUCAGUGCGAUCCACAGUGCAUCCCCGAACCACCAGCAGCAGCACCACACAAGCAGCCCCGCCAGCUGCUGCUGCUGCUGCUGCACCACCCGCUGAUGUCUACAUUGGCGUGGUGGAAUCCUCAUCCUCUGCCACGCCGCCGCUGGACAUUAGCUCCACGAUUUUGAUUGCCAACGAGCGGGAUGUGGAUCUGGAGCUGCGGCGAAUGAAUCUCGUGACCUUGGUGCUGGUGGCCGUGGGCGUCAUACCGCUGGCCGCCAUCAUUCUCUAUCUGGUGCGCAACUAUGUGGUGCGUCGCAGGGCCAAGAAGCAUGGCGAAGUCUUUGAUGUGUGCAUCACGGACCAGCAGCCCAUCAGUCCGGUGAAGAAGGUCGACUCCAAGUACCAGCUGGACGAGGACGAGGAUGAGGUGGAUCACCAUCAUCAACAGCAGCAACAGCAGCAACAACAGCAGCAACAACACCAGCAUCAUCACCAGACCAUGCCCAUGGCGCAGGCAUCGCGGGAUGCCAAUCACAAUCGCUACACAAUGGACGACAAGACAUCGCUGGCCAGCGAGUAUCAGGACUUUGAUCGCGGCAACAUUCGCCUGAAGAGUCUCCUGGGCGAGGGCAACUUCGGGCAGGUGUGGAAGGCGGAGGCGGACGAUCUCAGCGGCCACUUUGGUGCCACGCGCAUUGUGGCCGUCAAGACGAUACGCGCCUGCAGUGCCCAGCUGAGCCUCAAGGAUGAGGCCAACAUAAUGCGGAAGCUGGGCUCCCAUCAGAAUGUGGUCACACUGCUCGGAGCCUGCGUUGAGAGUGAACCCCACAUGCUGAUCAUGGAGUAUGCGAUGCGUGGCCGUCUUCUGUCCCUCUUGAGGGCAGCUCGAAGUGCGACGAACAUCCUGCCUGCCUCAGUGCCAGGUGGACGCAGUCUGGCUCCGCUCUCCCCGCGUACGCUGGCAGGCUUUGCCCUGGACAUUGCCUGUGGCAUGGAGUACAUAGCAGGGCGAAGGAUUGUUCAUCGAGAUUUGGCCGCUCGCAAUGUGCUGCUCGAUCACAAUGGCAUGUGCAAGAUCUGUGAUUUUGGCAUGUCCAUUGAUCUGGAUGCGGAGCGCAUGCGCAAGGAGCAGGAGAAGAAUGCGGCCAACGAUAUAUUGCGCAGCAAUGCGCUGAAGUUCAAAUUUGACUUUGGCAGUCGCUACAUUCUGCAGCACUGGCAGCACACCUUCGGCGCGCAGCAGGGCCAGGGUCACGGCCACGGUCACGGCCACUGCUCGAAGGAGCAUCACGCCCAUGGCAGCGAGAAGAAGUCGUCACAUGGCCAUGACACGAUUGGCAAGCGGCAUGCGCUGCCCAUACGCUGGAUGGCGCCCGAGAGUCUGCAGUAUCACAUGUUCACCACCGAAACGGACAUCUGGGCCUUUGGCAUUGUUCUCUGGGAGAUUGCCACAUUGGGCUCCACGCCGUACUCACAGCAAACGGGCCGCGAGGUGAUACGCCGCGUGCCACAAGGACUGCGUCCGGAGCUGCCCAAGGAGAGCCGCCAUGAGUUCUACAAUUUGAUGUCUCGCUGCUGGCACAAGGAUCCGCAUAUGCGACCCUCGUUUGCACAGUCACGGCUGGAGAUCACACGAUCCCUGCACAAAUGGGUCGACGAUGAUUCGGCCGCCUCCGACUACAUGGAUGUGAGCGGCUUCAGUGAGGAUCUCGAACAUGGUGUGGUGUACUUCAACCAUCGCAUCUCGGAGUUUGAAUGCGAAAUAUGACGCUGACUGAAUCCACACCAACCCCCACCACACCCCACCCGCAUUCUGCAUUCCCACCAUCGAAUCUACUCAUCCCAGAACAACUCGUCCACCGCCAACCCAAUCUCUGUCUCUCUCUCUCUCUGUACUUUUAAUUUCUGUAAUCGAUUCGAACGAAAUUCUCUUAAUUUUUGGCGUGCUUGUCCGAGCAGUAUUAUUUGUAUUUUACGAGUAUAUUUAAAUAUUUUAUGACCCAUUUUUCCAUUUCCCAUUUCCCAUUCCCCCAUCCGGAGGGAGAGUUUCUUUCUUUCAUUGUAAAUAUUUAUUAUUUGUUGGCUUAAAUGCUUUAGGCCUUACGAUUAAUUAAUGAAUGGCGCUGCUACCUAUGCCUAGUUUAAUGCGAGAGUAUUCGUCACUUAGUUCUUCUAGUCUGUAUCUAAAAAUAUUCCCAUCUUCAAGUUGAGCUAUUACCGUUAUUUACGUUAGACUGCACCCCCAAGAGAGGACAAAAACAAAAACCUUAGAGCUCCCAUCAGUUGUGUAAUAUUAAUCGUUAUCGCAUAGGAACUAUGUAAUUGUAUUGAUAUAGAUAUGAUCUAGAUAUAUAGCUAUAGAAUUGUACAAAUAAAUUAAUUAAACACGAAAUAUAAUUAUGAU